AUGUACUCCAAAUCACCAAGAAAAUCUACCAACAAGCGCAGACCAUCUAAGCGCGUACACAUCGAAGUCAAUUACACUUACAGUCAAGGACCAACACCUCUCCUCGAACAGCCAUUCUCGAGAUCAAACACUCUCGCAACUUCGAUCAUCGUAGCACUAUUCGUCAUUCUCUUGCUCGUCAUCUUCACGCCACGAGCAAAAGCUGACCCGCCAACACCAAUCGAUAUUCGAAAGUCUCACUCUCCAAUUGAUCCUUGGCACUCGAGCGCAAGUACGACGGCCACUUCCUUACUUCGACCCACCAAACAACUUUCAAACACAUACCAAGAUCCAUAA